AUGAAAGUUCCUGAGAAUUUUACCAUUCCAUGCACUAUUGGUAACACUUAUUGUGGGAUGACUUUACGUGAUUUGGGUGCUAGUAUCAAUUUAAUGCCAAUGUCUGUGUUUAGACAAUUGGGAAUUGGAGAGGUUAGACCUACCACAGUUACUCUCCAGCUUGCAAACCAAUCUCUUGCUCAUCCUAAUGAAAAAAUUGAAGAUGUGUUAGUGAAAGUUGACAAGUUUAUUUUUCCUGCUGCUUUUAUUGUGUUGGAUUAUGAGGCAGAUAGAGAGGUACCAAUUAUAUUGGGGAGACAUUUUCUUGCAAUAGGUAGAACUCUGAUUGAUGUUCAGAAGGGUGUGUAUUAUGUCUCAAAAUGGGUUGAAGCAGUUGCCUCCCCAAAUAAUGAUUCCAAAGUUGUCAUGAAGGCAAUCAUAAGCGAUGAGGGUACUCAUUUUGUGAAUAAGCUACUAGCAAGUUUCUUGGCCAAAUAUGACGUGAGGCACAAAGUAGUUACUGCAUACCACCCUCAAACUAAUGGGCAAGAUAAGUUGUCCAAUAAAGAGAUAAAAAGGGUUCUUGAGAAAGUAGUGAACCCAAAUUGCAAGGAUUGGUCCAAGAGGUUAGAAGAUGCAUUGUGGGGCUAUAGAACAACGUUCAAGAUGACAUUGGGAAUGUCACCAUGUCUAUUGGUGUUUGGAAAAGCUUGCCAUUUAUUGGUUGAGCUAGAGCACCGUGCUUAUUGGAUUAUUCAAAUACUUAAUGUGGACUUGCAACUUGCUAUGCAAAAGAGAAUGUUCUAUCUAAAUGAACUAGAUGAAAUGAGCUUAUUGUCUUGCGAAAAUGCAAAGCUUUAUAAGGAGAAGACAAAGAAGUGGCAUGAGAAGAACAUUUAG